AUGUCUUUCGGCUUUGGAGGUGGAGGAUUCGGCCAGUCCAACAACCAAAGCAGUGGCUUUGGCACCGGAUCUGGAUUCGGUUCCAGCAAUACUGCCGGAGGCUUCGGCUCCGGCUCCGGAUCAACAACCUCCGCGUUUGGCGGUGGUAACACUGGCACUGCAGCUUCUGGUGGUGGUUUGUUCGGCAACACCUCCAGCGGCUUCGGCACCGGCGGAGGAUUCGGCUCCAACAACAACACACAAACUCAAUCUGGCUCCCUUUUUGGUGGCCAACAAAACCGUACCGGUGGCUUCGGAACCACCAAUACCCCCAGCACUGGCGGAAGUCUUUUCGGAAGUACUGCGAACACUGGAAAUGCCGGCGGAUUCGGUUCCAGCACUGGCGGUGGAUUUGGAUCGGGAACUACAGGCGGGUUUGGCGCCAAUGCCAAUAGCAACACGAGCGGUGGUCUUUUCGGUGCAAACAAACCCGCCGGUGGUUUCGGUACACCCGCAGCCACUGGUGGAGGCUUCGGCUCCAACACCACGGGCGGCGCUUUUGGCAGCUCGACAAACACCGGCUUUGGAUCUGGCGCGACUCCGCUAGCGGGCGGCGCAGUGGCUCCCUGCGAAGGCACUGGUUCUACCCCAUUUAAUCCGUUCACGGAGAAGGACACGAGCUCCAACACCAUGAACCACUACCAGAGUGUCAGCUUCAUGCCUCCAUACAAGAACUAUUCCUUCGAGGAACUACGAUUGGCCGAUUAUGAGCGGGGCCGUCGCUUCGGAAAUGGAAGCAACCAAGCAGGUGCAUUCGGCUCCUCCAGCUUCGGAGGCAACACGGCCGGAACUGGCUUCGGUUCCCAGCAGAACACUACUGGCGGCUUUGGCGCCAACACCAGCACUCCUUUUGGCGCCGCUAACACAAGCGCACCAUCUACCUUCGGAUCUACCCAGACUGCCGGUGGAUUUGGCUCCACAAGCAAUUCCAACCCCCUCUUCGGGGCCAACAAGCCUGCCAACUCAAUGUUCGGCGGCGGAGCGGCAACCACCCAAUCCGGCUCUCUUUUCGGUGGGAACACGGCCACUGCUGGCACUGGCGGUGGAUUUGGAAGCAGCGCAGGAACGGGGGGUGCCUUCGGUUCUAACACCAACACCGGUGGCGGCCUGUUCGGAGGAAAUCAACCUGCCAAACCUGCCUUUGGUGCUACUCCUUCGACAGGUACAACUGGUGGCUUUGGCGCUGGUGGUGGAUUCGGAGCCCAGCAAAACACCACCAAUUCGAACCCCUUCGGUGGAAGUGCCACUACUGGAUCCACUGGCUUUGGCCAACAACAACAGACCGGCGCUAGUGCCUUUGGCGGCGGCUUGGGAGCGAACCAGAACCAAACCCAGAAUAAGUCCUUGUUCGGCGGCGGCACUGGUGGUGGCUUCGGCUCAAAUACUCAGCAGCAGGGCACCGGCGGCUCCUUGUUCGGAGGCGCUCAAACUCAGCAGCCCGCAACUGGCGGAGGCCUUUUCGGCGGUGCUAACACCCAGCCUCAGCAGCAGGGCACCGGAGGGCUCUUCGGAGGGAAUCAAUCUCAGCCCGCGGCCGGUGGUGGCCUGUUCGGUGGCCAGAACCAACAGCAACAGAAGCCGGGUGGUCUCUUUGGCGGCGGCACUGGCUCUACAGGUGGUGGUGCAUUUGGUGGCCUGGGUGCCUCUCAAACUCAGCAACCUGCUGGAGGCGGUUUGUUCGGUGGCCAGCAACAGCAAAAGCCUGGUGGCCUUUUCGGUGGCUCUACCGGCGCUACCGGGGGCGGCCUCUUCGGACAGAGCAACAACACCCAGCAGAAUGCCGGAUCCUCACUUUUUGGAAACCAGAGCCAGCAGCAACAGCCGGCCGGUAACAGCUUGUUCGGCGGAUCCCAGCCUGCACCACAACAAUCCCAGCCCGUUCCCGGAAGUCUGACUUCCUCCCUGCUUGGUGGUAACCCUUACGGCAGUCAGUCUAUCUUUUCUGGCUUGCCUACUCCCGAUGCUCCUUCCCCCGGUCCUCUAGCGACACCCCUCUCCUCCAGCAUGAGGCAGAAGCAGCGAGCUCCCCUUCCUUACUCCAUCACGCCCGGUGGAGCUAACCGCCUCUCCAGCAGCACCCCCUCUGGCUUCAGUAACAGCCUUCUCGGUGGCGGUGGUGGAAGCAGUAGUCUUCGCGGCAGCAUUGGAGGCAGCUUCGGCCGCAGCUUCAGCAAGAGCUACUCCACAAGUAACUUGCGCAAGACUUUCGACCCCGAGUCAGACAGUGUUCUGUCGCCCGGCGCCCUGCAGUCCAGCGGUGGACGUAGCAAUGGUGGCAGCAUGAAGCGUCUUACUAUCGACCGCAGCUUGAGGACCGAUCUCUUCGCUCGUCCCGCCAGCACAUCACCUGCCCCUACCCUUACCAACGGCGAUGAUUCGACCCACCCCGAUAAGCUCAAGAAGAAGGUCAGCUUCGACGCCAGCCCCUCGGCUGUUCAGGGCACUGAGAUCGUCCGCGUCGAGUCCAAGAGCCCGGAGCCUACUCCCCAAGCCACUCCCCAAGAACUGGGCUUCCUGCGCUCCCAACGCCGCAGCGGUAGCCUCAAUGGAAUUGACGGAAACGGCAGCGAGCGUCCUGAGAUGGAAUCAAUCAGCCGUGACCUCGCUGUGGUUCCUGAGAACGGCGAGCCUAUUUCUGCUAAUACCUCUUCCGUGAAGCGUCCCACCUUCGUUCCUGGCUCUGACCCUAAGCCUGGCGAGUAUUGGAUGAAGCCUAGCCGCGCCGAAUUGAACAAAAUGAGUCGCGAUCAGCUCAAGCAAGUCGUGAACUUCACUGUCGGCCGUCAGCACUGCGGUUCGGUCACUUUCAAUGGCGCCGUUGACCUGACUACAGUCGACAUGGAGAACAUCUACAGCAAAAUCGUCGAGAUUGGUGUGCGAAAAAUCACUGUUUACCCCGAUGAGACUAUCAAGCCUCCGAUGGGUAAGGGUCUGAACGUCGUCUCUACCCUUCGCAUUGAGAACUCCUGGCCUCGUGGUCGUGAUCGAAAGUCCCCGCUUCCCAUUACCAGCGGACCCCUGUUUGAUAAGCACAUUGACCGUCUUCAGAAGGUGCACGAUACCGAGUUUGUCGACUACGAUACCCAGACUGGUACUUGGGUCUUCAAGGUUCCUCACUUUACUACAUAUGGUCUGGACUACGAUGAAGAUGAAGAAGGUGAGAGUCUCGACCAGAGUACCCUUGGAGCGGGUCCUGAUGACAACCGUACUCCUAAGGCUCAGCCGGACCACCCAGUCAGCUUUGAGCAAUCCGCAACCUUCUCAAUCGACGAGUCUUUCGUUGGCUCUAUGGCUGGAAUCGACGAUGAUACCUUCGACUUCAAGAAGCGCAAGCUCGUUCCCGGGUCCUUUGGUAGCCAAGCUAUGGAGAUGGAAGAUGAGGAGAUGGGUUCUGAGGGCGAGACUGAGUCUUUUUUAGAGGAAGGCUCCACGGGUUCAACUACUGAGCAUGAAGAUGAUGUCACCGAGAGCCAGCGCUCUGGCGACUCCGUAGUUGGAUCUGAUGAAGACCAGGAGAUGGACAUGGCGGGUUCCUUUCCACACCUUCAUCAUACCGUGGAGCGGGAAGACUCCCAGAGCACCGACGGUGAACUGGACACCACCCACCCAAUCAAGCACUUUGGCACACCUCCCAAGCCUCGCCUCGACCUUAGUGGGGACUGGGCGGAGCAGCUUCAGCGCACCAUCAGCCCUCGCAAACAAAACCGCGAUGCCUUACGUGAAAUCCAGGCCAAUGCCUUUGCCGACCGAGCUCUCUUGAACGACGGCUCCCCAGAAGCGAAAUCGAACGGAUCUCCCAAGAAAGGGUUUACGAACAGUAUCGACUUGAUGAACUCGCUCUUCCAGCAACCGCGGAAACAGAGCGCCCCUUCGCCGCUGAAACCUUCAAAGGUGCAGCCUAAAGGCUUCGAGUGGCCCUACAACAAACAACCCAAAACCUUCGCCGGCGAUGAGGCCCAAAUGAGCCAAAAGGACGUCGCUUUCCACGAUUCGUUCAAGCCUCGCUGGGGUCUCAUGGACUCUCUUGUUUGCGCCAAGGACGACAUGGCCGAACCGAUUUCUGGUGUCAACAACCGCUGGCAGGAGCGUUUGUCUGUCUUCAGCGAGGGCAGAGAUAUUGCGGUUUUCAAGUACCACCAGACGGGCGAGCCGCAAGAGAUGCUCAAUGUGCAAAAGCAACAAUCCACUGUCGAGCGCAUUGACGGAACUCCAUUCAUUCGUCUUCCCAAUGUUGAUAUGCGCCAGUUUGCCUUUGCGCAUUCCAAAGAAGAGGAAAGACUGGUAUGGCAGUUAGCCAACAUUCUAUUCAACGACGACAUCGAAGAUGACAUUUCUGCGGGUGUGCCAACUCAGCUGCGAUCCCAAUUCGUGCAUCGCAUCAAGAAGGACCGUUUGACUCGUCUGUGGGAGAGCAUCAUCCGUGAAAAGCACACGCAAACCCUGGAGUUGAUUCGUUCGGCUGAGGAGCGUGCUGUCCACCUCCUCUGUGCUCACCGGAUUGAGGAGGCUUGCAAGACUCUUAUCGAUAGCAAUAACCUUCACCUUGCUACCCUUGUCGCUCAGAUCGGCCGUGACGCUACCUCCCGGGCGGAAUUGACAGACCAGAUCGAGGUCUGGCGUCAGAACAACGUGCUCUCUGAGAUGAGCGAGCCUCUACGUGCCCUUUACGAGCUUGUUUCGGGCAAUGGUCUUGGCAGUGAAGGCAAGACCGGCGGUGCUCUGGAAGAUCGGGCUUCCACCUUCCUCCUCACUGAGCGCUUUGACCUGGAUUGGUUCCAAGCCUUCGGCCUCCGCCUUUGGUAUGGUACUACCGAGGAUGAGCCGAUCGAGGCUGCCGUGUCUCAAUUCUUGAAUGACCUGACUCUGGGACUCGAGCCUGCUUUCCCUCACCCUUCGCACGAAGACAGCUCUCGCGCAACUCUCCAGCCCGGCGCCGAUACAUUAGGUCGUGAAUCGCCUCUUUGGGUGCUCCUCAAGACGUACGCAGCUGUUAAUGGCGCUGCAAACGUUCCCCCUGUUAGCUUCCCCGCCGCAAUUUUACCCGAGUCUCUGUCUGGUGACCGACUCAACAACCGCCUCUCCUUCCAGCUUCAUCAUGUUCUUGCUGCCGCAGUGGGCAAAACUGAUGCCGUCAAGAUCGACCAGCAUCAAGUCGACCGCCUGGUCUGGGAUUAUGCUUCUGAGAUCAUUGCGAAUGAACAACUUUCCCCUGCCCUUUUUGUCCUUCUGCACCUCUCCAAGGCCGAAGAUCGCAAGCGGACUGUGCAAGACACCCUCGCUCGCUUCGGCGCUUCUCUCCCUGAUCCUACCAUCUCUGACGGCACCACUCCUGACCCAACCUGGCAACACCUCACAAACGAGCUCCAGCUUCCCGAGCCCUGGAUCUGGGUCGCAAAGGCCUUGCAUGCACGUGCCAGUGGUGAUGCUAUCCGCGAGGUUGAUGCACUGAUCCGUGGCAAGCACUGGAACGACGCCCACGCCACCUUCUGCCGCGUUGUCGGACCUACAGCGGUCAUCUCCCGUGACUACGCGACCCUUGAACAACUAGUCACCGGUUUCGGCGAUGGACCGGAGCGCAAGAUGCGCGGCUGGUCUUCCGGUGGCGGCAUUUACGAAGACUUCCUUCGUCUCGCAACCGCGACUCGGGGCCGCAGAGAUCCAACCCGGUUAAGCCGACUGGUAAAUGCCCUCGUGGCAAUGGGCGAUCGUGUCCGUAGCGGCUCAGGAAUCGACGGCUUAGAAGAGCGCGUUGCAUUCAAGGAGAUGAGCCGCGCUGUAGCUGGCUGGAUUACGCAUGAAGAUGUCCACUCGGUCGAGGCCUCAAAAAUCCUCGGGUUGCCCCUGACUGGUGACGCCCGUGUUCUUCAAACAGUUGAGAUGAGCCGUCGGUAUUACGGCGUUGUUAUGGCUGGUGGUUUUUAG